UGCCACCGGGUGGAAAAUCUUAUUAUAAAUCAAAAUUUUUCAAUGAUUUCUGGCACUUGAAUGUUGCCAUGUAUACUACGAAUAAUGCCCUUGUUCCUGAUCCUGACAAAGAUGACGUUCUUGCGUCUAGCCCACGUCAAUGGCCAAUUUUGGAAGUCGGUCUUCGAAUGUGUUCAUGGGCUGACAAUGCCGUCAAGUAUUAUCUACUUGGCAAUCCCUUCGUUUGGUUGCCUGGGACUGCUUCAUUGGUUCUUUACGUUCUUAUUCUAGCUUGGUAUAUUGUCAGGCGACAACGUCAAUAUCAAGAUCUUACACCAGCACAAUGGGAUCAUUAUUUGUACAUCGGAAAGAUCUGCCUGGUUGGAUGGUUUUUACAUUUUAUACCGUUCUGUAUAAUGGGUCGCGUUACAUAUCUACAUCACUACUUCCCCGCACUUUAUUUCUCAAUCUUAAUGACCGGAUAUAUCAGUGACCAUUUCACUUCGAAUUUCAACAAAAAAUUCAAGAAUAUUAUAUUUGGAGUAAGCUAUUUGCUAAUCUUUGGAGUAUUCCUAUAUUUCAAGGAUAUCUCAUUUGGAAUGAACUAUCCUUCCAAGGAGUACAAGAGUAGAAAAUGGUUUAGCACUUGGAAUAUUGUGGACUAA